CCAACAAACACGAAAACAUGUACGGAAAAUUGAUAAUCAAGGCAUUCAUUAUACUAUCAGCGGCUUGGUUGGCAUAUGGGGCUGUCAACUGCACGGCGGCAGGCAGGUUCGCGGACCCCGCGGACUCCACCUGCAAGAACUACACUCUCUGCGUGUUGGUGACCUCCAAUAACAGCUACAUCGGUUACAACUAUGUCUGCCCUACCACCAGCCUCUUCAAUCCCAUUACUGCACAGUGCACCACCGCGUACUCCUGUAACGGCACUUCUACUAAUACCACUUCAACCAACACCACUAGCUCCUCCGUUUGUACCACCGAUGGAUUUGUCGCGGAUCCCACUUCGACCGAUUGCUCCUCCUACAUCCAGUGCGUUCUGAUCAACGGAGCUUUCCUCGAGACGACACUAACCUGUCCAACCGGGACAUUCUACAAUCCUAAUACUACUCUGUGCGAAGUGAACUACGUGUGUGCCUUCACGUGCACGGCGGCUGGUAGGUUCGCUAACAGCGCGGACACCACUUGCCAGACCUACUAUCUGUGCGUGCUCACCACUACUGGCACCUACAUACAGUACCAGUACAACUGUCCUACCAUAUCCGUCUUCAGUCCCGUUACCAGAAUGUGCACCACCUCUUAUACUUGUCCUACCGCUUCGGGAUAAUAUUGAUUUUGUUUCUUAAGAUUGAUGUGAUAUUAUUUAUGAAUGGAUUGUAAUAACAUAGCUGAUAUAGCUUGUGUGUGCUUAUACUCGUAUUUAGAGAAGCGGUGCACAUUACAAGA